GCCACGAGUCCUUGGCGCUGGGAACUAUAUAAACGGACCGCUUAUAAUUGGCUAGGCUAGCUGAAAGAUUUUUAACCGUACAGCGCUAUGUCGUUCCAAGCCGUGGUCGUCGCCGCUCUAUGCGCCGCCACCCUCGUCCUGGGGGAUUAUCAACUUCCUGCAACAGUGAAGACUUGCAAAAGGGAUUCAGACGAUUUUUCAUCAUGUUUGCGGCUCGCCAUUCAAGAAGCAUGGCCCACAUUCGUUCCAGGAUUACCAGAGUUCGAUAUACCUCCUCUCGAUCCCUAUUACACGGAAUCAUACUCGAUGGAACACGAGAGUGGACAACUUCGUGGAAAAAUAUCAAUCGCUGAUGUUCGAUUGUACGGGCUUGCCAAGUCGCGUUUCUUAUCCGUGAAACCGGAAAUGGAUGGUGAUUUCUUCCGGCUGGAAAUUGACGUCGAGAUACCAAAGCUUCUGAUCGAUGGCGAUUACAAAGCCGAGGGAUCAUUGGCUACAUUCAAAAUGGGUGGAAAAGGAUUCUUCAACAUCAGCAUGGAAAACAUCAGAACCGUUUGGGACAUUUCGGGGCACGUAGUGAACGACAGAUGGGUCGUGAAACACUUCAAAACCGCGCCCACGAUCAGCAGCAUGAAGGUCUGGUUCAGCGAUCUCUUCAACGGGAACGAAGAACUGAAUCGUGCUGCUUUGGUCUUCAUCAACGAAUAUUGGCCGUUGGUAUACCGAACAAUGUUGCCGAAAUUAAUAGAAAUGUGGGAUACGUAUCUGUCCGAGUUCUCCAAUCGUUUCUUCUCAAAGAUACCGUUCUCGACGAUCUUUCCUUGAAACGAACGUCGAGAAUAUAAUAUAUUUAACAAAUAAUUAUAUAAAAAAAUGAUAGAUUUAAAAACAGACUCAACAAAGUCUUUUUCCUCGUUGAAACUAAAGAAUGGAAUGUUUCAAUUGUUGUAAUAGUAGCAAGAUGAAAUGAAAGAAUCAAGGAUUGAUUAUACUGUAAUAAUAUAACACGAAUGAUUGUAAGAAAAUUUUGUGAUUCAAAUUCAUUUGAACGAUUAACGUGAUCUCUGAAUAUUUUUUUUUUUUUUUUUUAAUCUUUGAAGACACAGUUGUUGAUACAACAGUGUUUAUAUUCUUCAAUUGUUUUUGAAAUUUUUAAUUGGAUAAGUUUGAAGCCAAAUAAUUAAAUAUUAAUUUAGAUGAUUACUAUGAUUUUGUACAAUCAGCAAUAAAUAUUGAUUCUUAAACUGUUGUCCUUUAAACAGAA